UAUGUGUAUAAGGUGGCAUAAGUAACAGCUGUGUGUCAUCGGUGCAUGUGUCUGCAGCGGGGUUUCUUACUUGAAAUAUUGCAUCAGUUUAUCAAUAAAAAUGAGUGAUCUGUGCGAGGAAAUCCUGAAGCACAUCUCCGAGAACGGUGCAGUGGAUACACCUGCAUUGGCGAAGGCCUUAGGACAAGAUCACCAGAAGAUCGUCGGUGCGGUGCUGAGUAUCCAGGCGAACGGGGACCUGGUGAACGCGGAACCUCGCAGCGAGAAACUCCUGGAGCUCAGCGAUGAAGGCAAAUCUGUCGCAGAGAAUGGUAGUCAUGAGGCCAAGAUCUUUGAGGCUAUCCCAGCCGAUGGCAUUCCACAGCCAGACCUGAUGAAGAUCCCCAAUGCUAAGGUGGGAUUCAGCAAAGCUAUGGCUCUGGGCUGGAUUGUCGUGGACAAAUCAGGUGGAAAACCUAUUGUGAAGAGGAAGAUUGAAGCCAUAACAGAUUUAGUGCAGCAACACCUGAAAUCCAUCCAAGCUGGGAAUUUAUCAGAGAUUACUGAUAACUUGAAGCAGGAGUAUAAAAAGAGGAAGUUGAUUCAAGAGGUUGUGAUGAAGAGUUUCCUGUUGAGCAAAGGCGCCAACUUUGCGUUGACCUUGCCCAAACUGGAAACGGAUUUGACUGCUGAUAUGUUGGCUUCAGGAGCUUGGAAGUCGUUGACGUUCAAGGAGUACAAUUUGGGCGCUAUGGGAGUUCCUCUUGAAUCCGGUUACCUUCAUCCCUUGCUGAAGGUCCGAUCGGAAUUCAGGCAAAUCUUCUUGGAGAUGGGCUUCUCGGAAAUGCCCACCAACAAUUACGUGGAAAGUUCUUUCUGGAACUUCGACACCUUGUUCCAGCCGCAACAGCAUCCUGCCAGAGAUGCUCACGACACCUUCUUCUUAUCCGAUCCGGUGAACAGCAAUAAAUUCCCUGAGGAUUACUUGGAAAGAGUUAAGAAAGUGCACAGCGAAGGCGGUUACGGAAGUUUAGGGUAUCGGUACGAUUGGAAGCUGGAGGAGGCUCAGAAGAAUCUGCUGAGAACGCACACGACCGCUGUGAGCGCGAGGAUGCUUUACAAGGUGGCCCAGCAGCCAGAAUUCAAACCGACGAAGUUGUUCAGCAUCGAUCGCGUCUUCAGAAACGAAACGCUCGACGCGACGCAUUUAGCUGAAUUCCAUCAAGUCGAAGGUGUCAUCGCCGAUUACGACUUGACGCUCGGCGAUCUCAUCGGCGUCUUCACCGAGUUCUUCAAUAAGCUGGGAAUCACGCAGCUCGAAUUCAAACCCGCGUACAAUCCGUACACGGAACCGAGCAUGGAGAUCUUCUGCUUCCAUAAGGGUCUGAACAGGUGGAUCGAGAUUGGAAACUCGGGUAUGUUCCGUCCGGAGAUGCUGCUGCCCAUGGGUCUGCCGAAGGACGUGAAGGUUUUGGCGUGGGGUCUGUCGCUGGAGAGGCCGACGAUGAUCAAAUACGGGUACAACAAUAUCAGGGAUUUGGUCGGGCCGAAGGUCGACCUCAGGAUGGUGCAGAACACUCCGAUCUGCCGUCUGGACAAGUGAAUUUCGCAUUUAGACUCUCUCUUGAUGAAUAUUGAAUAUAUGAAACGAUAAGUUAAGUCGAGCUUAAUUUAUUUCACACACACAUGUUUUUACUUUCUUGUUAAUUAGCUUUUAAAACAUACUGUAAAAAGAAUAAAAAAAUCUAAUUAA